GCUCGACUGAUUUCCGGUUCCUGUCGUGAUAGGCCUCGCGGGAUGCGCUUGUGGUGGUGGUAGUUGUACGCAAACGAAACAUACUUUUGGUCCUUUGGUGUCAAGUCGUGUGCUGUGACGGUUGUUCCGAUGAAGAUGCCUUUUCAGGGAUUCGCGGCUACGAACUUUACCUACUUCACGUUGCAGAAAGAAAGUCCUUCGGCGCAGCUGCUCCAUCUAGCAGCUCUACAAGGGAAUCUGCCUUUACUCACGAGCGUUUUAGACAGCGGCAAGGUGUACGUGGAUUGCAAAGAUCAGGAAGGCACGACCGCGCUGAUCUUAGCCUGUGCCAACAAUAACUAUGAAUGCGUUAAAGAACUCUUGGAUCAGGGAGCCAGUCCAGCGGCGAAACGAGUUACAGGGACCACGGCGCUAUUUUUUGCGGCACAAGGAGGUUACCUGGAUAUCGUCAAGUUGCUCUUAGAAAACAAUGCCCCCGUCGAUGCUGCUAGUGUGGAUGGAGGUACUCCACUGUUGGUGGCGUGUCAAUGCAAUCACGUCGACAUCGUGGAACAACUCGUUAGAGCUGGUGCAAGCAUUUAUACGCAGAUGUCGGACAGAGCUACACCUUUAUUUGUCGCUGCACAGAAUGGUCACCUGAAGCUGGUUUCAUACUUGAUUGCGCUCGGAGCGGACAUCAACGUCAAACGAACGGAUGGUGCGACAGCGUUAUGGAUAGCGUCCCAGAUGGGCCACACGGCUGUCGUGGGCGAGUUACUUUCUCACGGUGCUGAAGUGGAUUCCACGAGACACGACGGAGCUACACCCCUGUUCAAGGCAUCUCACAAAGGGUACACGGGAUUGGUGGAUCUUCUAGUCAAACGAGGGGCGUCAUUGGGACUGCUCAAGAAUGGGGAAAGCGCACUUCAUGCAGCUGCACUCUUUGACCAUCUCAAUGUUGUCAAGUUGCUGGUUGCUGCAGGUGCUGAUCCUGAGCUUAGAAAUCAGGACGGCAUGACUCCGCUGGACCUAGCCCAUGAGGCAUCUAACGUUCAAAUCGUCGACUUCCUCAAACAACAGAUUGCAACGAGGCGACUUCCAGAUGUGACAAGGGCUUCCUGACCCUCAUCUCGCUGAACCUGAACCCAAUUACUGCCAACGGUGCAUUUGGCUGGUCCAGUUCUCACCGUUAUUAGCUGCAAUUGUAACUCUAUAGAUCUGCUUUUGAUCAUCCUUUGAAGUGUCUGUUGUUGUAUAGUUUGUUUGAGGCCCUCAUCUUUCGUAUUGUUAUUGUUUGUUUGUAUGGCCACACCUGAAAUACCUGCGUUUCCAGACGGCAGUACCACGUCUCGGGUUUAACCCUCAGGCUACAACAUUGAAAACUACAGACAACCAUAAAUUUAGAUUUUCUCCUCUGGCAUCUCCGCAAAUAGACGCAAAUUUGUUUCUACGUAGUAUUUACGAGGGUUUGUUUUACGAGGCGAACGAUGCAUAUCCGACAUCGCGGGGCAUUAUGCGACACGAGCAUUUCUAACUUACGUUAAUCACGAUUGAAAGAAUGUGAUUCGCUCGCACUGUGAAUCUGCAGGAAGGAAUUAUCUUGUUAGGAAUUGACUCUUUGUAGAGACAUCCCCGCGAAUAAAAUUGUAGCUUGUA